GCGAUUGAUGAUGUAAAGGUGACCAGUAACGAUGAUAGAGGCGGUGAAGAUAAAGAAAGAACAUUGGUAAAUUGCAACUUUGAUGCUAUAAACCUCUGUGGGUUCGUACAACGGCACGACGACCAAAGAGAUUGGGAAAGGAGCGAUAGUGGUACAACACCAUCUUCUACGACAGGGCCUCAAAGUGGGGGUCACAGUGGUGAUACAUUCAUGUUUGUCGAGGCAUCAACUAAUAACACCCUAGCCCUGCUAGAGGGUCAAGGCAAUGCAACGAUAGAUACUCCAAGGUUUUCCAUCGGCGGUGAAAAGACACUGAUCUUCUAUUAUCAUGCCUUUGGACAACAACUAGGGAUACUCAAGGUUACUGCACAACCGUCCAACGCCCAAAUCUUUAUUUUUGAUGGCCGAACCGAUGAAAGUAGGGACGAGUGGAUGGAAGUCAUUGAAUUAUUACCUAGAGGAACUAGCUCAGUGCGCUUUCAAGU